CACAGUCCACAGUAUUCACUAUGCCGUUACUCCUAUGACUGUGCUACUUCCCAAAACCCUAAUUCCCUCUCUCCUUCCACGGCCGAUAACUCGUUUGAAUUUGUCCAGUCACUCGCUUUCUCACUUGUCCAGAGCCACUCGAGCCAUGAGUUCCGAGUCAAGCCAACGAGUCUUCCAACUUAAACUGGACCCGCUCACCGGAAACUCGGAAUGGGUCGUUAUUGAAGAGGACGACGAAAAAUCCGAGGCUUUUGAGAAUCCGCAGCAGAAACAUCUCUUAGCUACGACGUCGUAUCUCGACAUGCUCAAUGAUUCCUACAGGAACAGAGCCUUUCGUAUGGCAAUCGAGAAGACCAUAACUAAGCCUUGCCAUGUACUUGAUAUUGGGGCUGGAACUGGAUUGCUGUCAAUGAUGGCUGCACGCGCAAUGAACUCUGGUGAGACAACAGCGGGUGCUAAUUCAGAGGGGAUGGUUACGGCAUGUGAGUCUUAUCUUCCAAUGGUGAAGCUGAUGCGGAAAGUUCUGCACCGCAAUAAAAUGGGGAGCAAUAUAAACAUAAUUAACAAGCGGUCCGAUGAACUCAGAGUUGGGGUGGAUAUGCCCUCACGGGCAGAUGUUCUUGUUAGUGAAAUUCUGGACUCAGAGUUAUUGGGUGAAGGGCUGAUCCCAACUCUGCAACAUGCACAUGACAUGCUGUUGGUAGAAGAUCCACUAACUGUGCCAUAUCGAGCAACUACCUAUGGUCAGUUGGUUGAAAGCACAUUCUUGUGGAAGCUGCAUGAGUUGUAUGGUAACGAGGCAAAAGCAUUGGAUAGCAUUCGUCUUGUUCCAAGUGGUUUGGAUCCUGUUAUUCAUACCAAAUCACAGCAAUAUGCCAUGCAUUGUGAUGCAAUGUCAGAAGAAGUAAAAUUGCUGUCAGAACCCUUCAAAAUUUUUGAAUUUGACUUUUGGAAACGACCAGAGAGUCAUGGGGAAACUGAGUUGCGCGUAAAGGGCACUGAUGAUGGUAGAAUUCAUGCCGUAGUUUCUUGGUGGAUACUUCAGCUUGAUCGUGAAGGAACUAUCUUCUAUUCCACUGCUCCCAGAUGGAUGAAUUCACCAAUGAACACUGGUGCUGGGGAUUGGCGGGACCACUGGAAGCAAUGUGUAUGGUUUGUUCCUGGGGGCAUGCAUAUAUCAAAGGGUGAAGAGGUUUGUCUGCAUGCUGCUCAUAGUGAUACACGUAUCACUUUUGAGCUCAAGGCACAAGGCUCCGAUACUGACAAUAGGCAGUACGAAAAGAACGUCAAAGAUUUUAACCUCAUGCUACCACCUGAAAGAAUUGCCAUUUAUGGAGACAGUCAUUGGAGGCUUUCUAUGUUGGAAGCUGUGCGAAAUGCUUUGCAGGAAAGAGUUAACCCAUUAUGCCUUGUUGCGGAUGAUAGUAUUUUCUUAGCACUUCUUGUUGCACAACUUUCAAAGUCAUCCCAUGUGAUAGCUUGCUUUCCUGGAUUGAGAGACAUGGGUGCGCAAUAUUUGCGCAUUAUUUCUGAUGCAAACGGUGUCUCAGAAGAUGGCAUAGAAGUUCGUGAUAAGGGAAAAAGAUACUUGACUUUGGAUGAUACUCAUCAAAAGAAGGUUGACCUGUUCAUCGGAGAGCCGUACUAUCAUGGAAAUGAUGGAAUGCUUCCAUGGCAAAACCUAAGGUUUUGGAAGGAAAGAUCCAUCCUUGAUUCUGUUCUUUCGGAUGAUGCAUUGAUAAUGCCAUAUAAGGGAAUAUUGAAGGCUCGCGCCAUGUCUCUCCCAGAUCUUUGGAAUAGUCGCCGCUGCUUAGGUGAGGUUGAAGGCUUUGACCAUUCAGUUGUAAAUACCACCUUGGGGGCCUGUGGUGGAUUACUUUCACCCCAUGAGACUCCUUGUCUACCAUAUUUUAUUUGGCAGUGUGGGGAAAUCAAGAAACUCAGCGAUACGUUUGCAGUCAUGGAAUUUGACUGCUCAAAACCAAUAAGUCGAUGCUGUGGGAAUGUCCAGAUUGAGUUCACUGAGGCUGGGACUUGUCAUGGAUUUGCUCUGUGGAUCGAUUGGGUGAUGGACGCAAAGAACUCUAUUGUGCUUUCAACAGGACCAGACCAGAGAUGUUGGAAGCAAGGAGUGAAGCUUCUAGCCAAGCCUGUGGCAGUCGGAACGCAUAGGUCAAGAAAUGCUGGGGAAUGUUGUUCUGCAGUAGUUGAUGCAUCCUUCGAUCCAUCAAGCGGUGAACUCACCAUUGGACAUGUCUUCUCUUAAUUAUGCUGCUUUUUGUGUUUUGACCCUCCAGCUGAUAUACCUUGGUUCUAUUCAUGGAUAACUUAUAGAUGAGAACUUUGUGGUAGCACAAGUAAUCAAUUUUAAGCAUCUUGAGAUUUUGGACUAA